CUGCUCGUUAUACAGUAAGUGGAUCCUGACAGAGAGCGUGAACAUGGCGGCCGACCUGCUGGGAGUUCCCCGAGGAAACAUCCAGGAGCUCUGGAGGAAAGGACCGAGGAGACGAUAGCGCCUCUGUUUGAGUCGUCCUCCUAUUUAAAGGCCGUCUGCCCUCAAAGCGUUUAUGGUUCAUUCUCACUGGGAAUAACUGUGGGACCUCAUCACUAAUGGUAGCGGACACGGCGCUGCUCCGAUGUCCACCUCGCUGAGCUUCCUCCUGCUGCAGCACAAAUAUCAAAGCUGUGAAUUCGUCCCAACUGUCAGAGCGUUUUCAGACCUCGCAGCAGAUGAAGGUCACACGCCGAGUCCACAGCCAGGCUGAGAAAGGUCACGUUGUCCUCACGCUCGCCGCCUCCACCGCCAAGGCCGCCCAGCCGACAGGAAGUGAUCGGCUGUCACAGUCAGAGAGAAACAAAACCGUGUUUCAUGUUCAUUCCUCCUGAAUUCUUCUCUCCACAGCUGGAAUGCCACAGGACCGACCACCGCCCUCCAUCUGGAUCACUUCCUGUCAGGACGUGGAAAUCAGUGGAAAUAUUUCUCUGUACAAAUGCAACGAAUCGAUCAGCUGAUCACUGCAGCUAUGAAUCCUUCCAGCUGUUUGGCUUCAUGCUGACUGAAGAAGAGGAGGACGAUGAAGGUCACCUCUGUCCUCAUCAGGAAACAGAACUGGAACCACAGAGAAAGUAGCUGGACAACAUCAGCGUCAUCACUGAGCGCGUGCAGAGCCCCUCCCCCCCGCUCUCUGAUAUAAAGCAGAAACAGCUCGAGUGUUUCUGUUUGACUGAAGAGACGCCGCAGAGACGCAAACGCACGUCAGACUGCCCUCUGAGAUGAAGCUGAAUGUGUUGCUGUGGCUCGUGUCUCUGCUCGGCGCUGUCCUCCCUCGCUCUGCUGACGCCCAGCCGGCCGCCGCUCCUGCUGACCGCCGCCUCUUUCCCCGACCACUGCUCCUCCACCUGGGGCAAGAGCUCUCCCUCAGGAUGGGUGGAGGAAGCGGUGCUUCCGAGCUCCUCUCCUCCUCUUCCUCAGCGGUGAAAUCGGCUCUGCUGCAGCUCACACAGCGCCUCUUACAGGCCCGGGCGGAGCAGCAGCAGGACGAGGAAGCCGGGGAGAAGGGGAAGAGGUCCGACGAGCCUCCCAUCUCUCUGGACCUGACCUUCCACCUGCUCAGGGAGGUUCUGGAGAUGGCCCGGGCGGAGCAGAUUGCGCAGCAGGCCAACAGCAACCGCAUGAUCAUGGAUACCCUCGGAAAGUGAAGAAGAAGUAGACUUUGCACUUCCAGCAUGACUGUUCGUCCUGAAAUGUUGGCGUGCGACACUUCAGCCGGUGCGGCCGUUUACUGACAGCUGAUGUUUUAACUUCAUGAAUAAAAUCUUUGUUGUUUGAA